AUGAGUCGCCGUCGGCGCUUGGACUUCAAUUGGCGAGAUCCACCACCUGCAGUUCCGCCCAACCCCAUUUCCAACGCCAUCAUCGAGAACCAGCCGCUCAAUGUUGUGUUGUCCCUGAUCCGCGAGUAUCCGAGUGAGGUCGACACGGUGACGGAGAAGGGCCACACGCCACUUCGCGUGGCAUUGAUGAAGUGGCCAGAGGAGUGGGCCGAGGAUCGGGUUGUCAAGGUUGUCAAAGCGCUGCUCGACGCUGGCGCUGACCCUCGCAUUGCCUCCUUCUCGGGCGGCAUCAAUCCCUUGCAGUAUGCGUGCAACUUUGGGUUUGUUGAGGUUGCUCGCGUGAUCCUGGAGCGCCAUCCGCAGCUCCUGCUGACCGUCUCUGCCGUUGAGAUGACACCGCUGCACUAUGCCUGCCAGAAUUCGCUGACCAUGGUGGAGCUCAUCUUGGACGGUCUGCGGCACCUGAACUUCACGCCCGAGCAGAUCACGCAGUACGUGAACAGGCGCAAGAACAACGACGCAACCGCCAUGCACUAUGCUGCCAUGAACACGACGGGGGACGCCAUCAGCAUCAUCAGCCUGCUCGCUAGACGGGGUGCUGAAGUGAACCUUCGCACGGACGGCGGCAACCUUCCCAUCCACUAUGCUGGCGUUGCUCGCCUCCGCGAUGUCAUGAACCAUCUCAUCGACCUCGGCAACAACCCUUUCUGGCGCAACGAGCACGGCCUAACGGCGUACGGCAAGUACUUUGGGGAAGAGCCGCACGACCACCAACUCAAGGCGUAUCGCGCCCGCAUGGACAGCAUGCCGCCACUCGACCCCGCCGCCACAGACCUGCAGCGUGCGCAGGCGUUCUUUGAAGGUGUGCCGGAGCACAUGGCACUCAGCCCUGACGAAGUGCGGGACGUGGUAGCCGGCAUGCACGAGAACCGCCCGACAGAGUGGGACGACGUUGCCAUCCUGCUCUACGAGAUAGAGCUCAUCAACCCCGUGGAAUGGCGCGCGUUCUUGUCCCAGCCACAUCUCCCUUGAGAGGGAUGGCUGCGUUUUGUGACGUGUGUGUUUGUGUGUGUUUGUGAUGUGAUGUGAUGCGUGCGUGUGUUUGUGAUGUCAUGUCUUGCUGCAUUGCAUCUUAGUGUGUCUUCGUGUGUGGCCUGUGUGUCAAUCUGCUUGCCCUGUGUGUGUCUUCCUCUGCUGCACUGAUGUCCAACCAACCAACCAACCAAGCGACCAAAAAGACACAACACACCAAC